AUGAUGUUUUUUUUAAGUUUUAGAGGUUUAGACACUCGUAAUAAUUUCACUGAUCACCUCUAUAAAACGCUUCUGAAUACUAACAUCAAUACCUUUUUGGACGAUGAAGAGAUUGAAACUGGGCUAUCUUUGAAACCGGAAUUGGAGAGUGCAAUCAAAGCAUCCCGAGCUUCUAUUAUUGUGUUGUCUCAAAAUUAUGCUUCGUCGACCUGGUGUCUUGACGAAUUAGUAUUGAUUCUUGAACAACUUAGGAAGCCAGGCUAUAUUCUUAUCCCCAUCUUUUAUCACGUCGAGCCCACUGAUGUCAGGAAGCAACAAAAUAGCUUUGAAGAAGCAAUGGCAAAGCAUAAAAAGAGGAUGGAGACAGAGACAAAUGCAGAUAAAAGAAGUCAGUGGGCUCAAAAAAUAGAUCUAUGGAAUAAAGCACUUACACAAGUUGCUGAUUUAAAAGGAGAAACUGCAAAGGGCAGGAAAGAGACGGAGUUGAUUGACAAAAUUGUUAUCAGCAUCCGUCGUAAAUUAGGUGUACGCUUAUGUAGUACUCUGCCACCCCUUAUCGGCAUGGAUUAUGACAUUCAAUUCAUUACCUCUUGGUUAAAAGAUGGAUCAUCUCAUCCUGCUGACAUCCUCACAAUUUGGGGCAUGGGUGGGAUCGGGAAAACUUCAUUGGCCGAAUAUGUCUUUAGGUUACAYCGUUAUAAAUUCCAAAGGAGUAGCUUUAUUGCAGAUAUUAGUAAGAAAUGUGCUGAAAAGUUUAGUGGAUUGCUUGAUUUGCAAAAACAAAUUUGUCAUGACAUUUCAAACACGAGUUCAAUUCAAGUUCAUCAUGUUUCCGAAUACACCUYUCAGAUCGAGAAUGCAAUAGCUCGUACAAAGGUGUUUGUAGUUCUUGAUGAUGUUGAUAGUCUCRAUCAUUUGGAUGCAUUACUUGGAAAGAAAGGUUUUCUUCCAGGAAGCAAAAUCAUAAUAACGACCAAKGAUGCAUCGUUGACAGAAAAGUAUGAGCUAUUCAACCAGAUAGUUCAACCUAAGCAUACAAAGCACUCAUUGCGAGGCUUAAAUGAUUAUAAUUCACUACAGCUUUUAAGUUUGUCGGCAUUCAAAGCCAACAGUCCAAAGGAAGGUUAUGAAGAUGUUUCAGAUACACUUGUUGASUAUUGUGGGGGACAUCCAUUGGCUCUUAAAGUUUUGGGCAGUUCUCUAUUUAAUAAAGAUGUAGCUGUAUGGAAGGAUUACAUAGAAAAGCUAAAGGAAGAACCUAAUUCCAAGAUUACAAAAGUCUUGCAAAUGAGCUUUGACUCUUUGCCAUCUACAGGAGAUAAGGAACUGUUUAAGCACAUUGCUUGUUUUUUUGUUAGAGAAGAUAGAGAAUCAACCGAAACAAUAUUAAAGGCAUGUGGGAUCCACACAGUACUCGGGAUUGAGAAUCUCAUUGAUAGAUGCCUUCUUCGGAUAAGUAAAGAUAACAAGUUAAUGAUGCAUCAAUUGCUUCAAGAGAUGGGAAGAGAUGAAGUACGCCAAGAAUCACCAAACAAGCCAUGGAAGCGUAGUCGAUUAUGGUGUCAUGAGGAAUCAUUCAAUGUGUUGGAACAAAACAAGGGUUCGGGAAAACUUAAAGGCCUCGUKCUUGACAUGGAAAUGCUUGAGAAAGAGGACAUAUGUGAAUCGUUUGAGUUGGAAACAGAUGCAUUGAGUAAGAUGGAUAAUCUAAUGCUACUACAACUCAAUUAUGUGAAAUUCAAUGGAUCUUAUAAGAAUUUCCCUAAAAAAUUAAGAUGGUUGUGUAUGCAUGGGUUCCCUUUAAAGUCUUUACCUUUAGACUUACCAAUGGAGAAUAUGGUUGUGCUUGACAUGUCUUACAGCAAUUUGGAAUCUUUUGACAUGUUUUAUGGUAACCUACAACAACCUGGGAAGAGGCAAAAGUUAAGCARCUCAUGCUCAAAARGCAAACARUUACUUCGAUCAUUGAAGAUUCUUAAUCUGAGUUUCUGUGAACAGCUUUGGAGUGUUGGUGGAUUUUCUGAAUUCCCUGCACUUGAGAGGUUAAUACUUUCAAAUUGCUCAAGUUUGAUUGAGGUUUGUGAGUCAAUUGAGCAAUGUGAUGGACUUGACCUCAUUGACCUGAGUUACUGCAAUAACACUGGCAAGCUUUUAAGAACGAUAAACAAGGUGAAGAACGUCAAAAUACUAAAAUUAGAUGGUUGUAAUCGCGGUGAAACUACGAUCGAGAUGAGGGAUGACGUGGAGGAAACGCUCAACCGUAACCACAUUGGUAUGAACUCACAAACCUCUUCCUCUGCCAUUAUGGAGGCCAUACCAAGAGCUUUCGAGUCCUAUCUGAUUUUUGUACCGAGUUCAUUAGUAUGUUUGUCACUAGAAGAUAAUAAUUUGUCCAACGAAUCCUUUCCGAUGGACAUGAGUAGCCUAUCCAUGUUGAAGGAGUUGUAUUUAGAUGACAAUCUUUUGGUUUCACUGCCCAAUUGGGUGAAAAGCCUUUCCAGGCUUGAAAUACUUAGUAUUUGUGAGAAUUUUAGUUUGAAGUCAUUGAAGCAUCCUCCACCUACACUAAAAGAAUUGAGAUAUGGUUUUGAUGGAGAUGGGGAAGUUAUAUUUAAUCGAGAAAUGUCCCCAAUCUUGUUAAGCUAUUCUCGUUAUGCUACAUCUUUGGGGGAUAAUAUUGAAGGCAUGGUUAAAGAGGAAGAUAUGAGAGAUGUUGAGGAAAAGGUAUUACGUAGUUUGGGAUGGAGUCAUUUAGUUAAUUUAGACUUCACUGAAAUUCAGCCGAUAGAAAGUGGAAGAGUCAAGGUUUGUUAUCAUUAACUAUUUUUGUUUGUGUGAUUAAUAUGUAGAUAUAAUAAAUGAAGCUUUUAUUUGGCAGAUGGUUUAUGAAUUUGGGAUAUUCAGCACAUGGUAUGUGGGGAAAGAGAUGCCAAAUUGCGUAAGUGAUAUAAGGUGGGAGGGGUCAUCAAUAUCAUUUACCAUCCCAUCAUCUCAUUGCAACCUUAGAGGCUUGAAUUUCUUCUGCUUGUUUACAAGUGGAGAUGAUGAAGAUUUCUUGGCUUAUAUUUCAAAAAUAAGGAUUAGUAAUAUAACAAAGAUGUGCACCUGGAUCUAUAAUGUUUCAGAGGGGUUUCAAGGAAUUAGAGAGGGUAUAACAUAUUUAAGCCAUUGGAUGUUUGGGAAGAAUGAGAUGGAAGAUGGUGACCAAAUUGCUGUUAUAUUGGAUGUUAAAGACUUUGUUACAAGGGAGUGUGGGGUGAGUCUUGUGUAUGAUGAAGAUGAAGAAGAUGUGUUGGGUUAUUACAAGUCAUGGAAUCAUAUAAUUGGUGGGGAUCUCUCUCCUUUUCAAAGUACUACUCCCGGAAAAUAUCACCUACACCAAAUCCGCUUUACUGGUAUAGGAACUGGAUGGCCUGAUUAUAAUUAUAUAGAUCCGCGUCCUCUGUUUAGAGCUUUCCGUCCAACCAAGUGAACCAACUACCUAAGAGAAUGGGCAAGGAGUUUCAAUAGCAGUAAGGCACAUAGAAUCAAUGAUACAGAAGUCAGAAGCUCAUGCUAGAAUGCAUCUGGAAGAUGUGGACAUGGCAAUUCGUGUGUUGCUUGACUCCUUUAUUUCUACUCAGAAGUUUGGAGUGCAGAAGGCUCUACAGAAGAUGAUGACAAAUUAAGGUUGAUGGUAUGCAAAGUUUCAAAAAGUACAUGACAUCCAAGAAGGAUUUCAAUGCAAUUGUAUUGCAUCUACUGAAUCAACUUGUGAAGGAGGCGCUACACUUUGAAGAGAUCGUAUCUGGGUCUAACAAAGAUGUUACUCAUAUUGACGUGAAGGUGGAGGAAUUGCAAAGCAAGGUGCUGGAUUAUGGAAUCACAGAUUUGAAGGCGUUCUUUAGCAGCGUGGAAUUUGGUCGAGGGAACUUUGAAUUGGACAAAGAGCGGAGUGUGAUAAGGCAUCACCUUGUAAGAUGAUGAGUUGACCAUUGGACUGACUGUCCAAAGGAAGAAACAGCUUGCCCAAGUGAAAAGUUUGAACUUUCCAUCCAAAGUUUCCUUUUCAAAGGUGCCUUUUAUGUUGCAUCACAUCAAUUGGAUUGUAAUCUAAAUCUGACACUGUUUCUUACAUUCAUUUAUUUAUUGGAAGAAAAAGCAACCAAGU